AUGACUAGGAGGAAAGUGAAUCUUGCCUGCAUAACCGACGACUCAAAGAGAAGGGCAACAUUCAUCAAAAGAAAAAAUGGUUUAGUCAAGAAGAUGGAUGAAAUAACCACACUUUGUGGAGUUGAAGCAUGUGCCAUAAUCUUCAGUGAAAAUGAUCCUCAACCAGUGAUUUGGCCAUCACCACGGGGGGUCCAUACCGUGUUGUCAAGGUUUAGGAGGUUGCCUGAACUAGAACAAAGCAAAAAGAUGCAAAAUCAAGAGAGCUUCUUGAAGGAAAGGAUACAAAAGGGACAAGAAAAACUGAAAAAACUAAGGAACGAGAAUAGAAAAAAGGAACUGACCAAUCUCAUGUUUCAAUGCCUUAAUGCUGGCCAGAUUACUGACAAUGUUGGCAUGAAUGAUCUCAAUGGUCUCUCUUGGUUAAUUGAUCAAAAUACGAGACAAAUUGAAAGGUAUAUGGAAGAGAAUAAUGCACAAAUUUCGUCUAAAAUGCAUGCAUUACUUCCAACCCCCCCCCCCCCCCCCCCCCCGCCGGCGCCCUCUGCUGCGCAAAGAAUUCCUGCAAUAUAUGUUGGACCCGUAGGUCCACCCGGUCAUCAAAUGAUGCUUCGAACUCAUCGCGGAAUUCUUCUCUAUACGUGGCCCUCAUUCGCGCUUCAUACUCAUCAUCGGUUUCCUCUCUUUGAGUUGGACGAGAGCGUCCUGUACUCGAUGAAGAUGAAGAUGUGUAAGUGA